AUGUCUAUAAUCAUCAUCACUCGCAAACACGAGAAAUUCUUUAGCUGUAUAAGAAAUCUCAGUCUCAUAGAUGAUACAUUGGAACAGCUUGGAACAUUCAAGGAAUAUUAUAAAAUGCGAAACUCGACAAAAUGGAUAGUGGUUAUAUGGUUUAUGAUAAUGUGCUUAACAUGGAUAAUCGAUUAUUUCUUUUAUGUGGAAAAGUUACAGGACACAACAAAAGUCAUAGUUAUCCCUAUCAUUAUAAAUUACUCUUUUCACAUCAACACUUUAAUGGAUAUAAUGUUUACAUUUCUUUUAAGAUACAUUGGUACUAGAUUCGAUAAAAUUAACGAUCAUAUCGAACAGCUAUCAGAGACUGAAGAGUAUGGAUUGAGAAGCACUUGGAAAAAAUCUCUUGUUACUCGCUACUAUAUCCGAAGCGUUCGAAAUCGUGAGCAUGUAUUGUGGACUGCAAUGCAUCUUCAUUUGGAACUUUGCCGAAUAGCUCGCAAAAUGAAUAGUUUUUUCGGAAUGCAAAUGACUUUGCAGAUGGUAUCCUAUUUUAUUCUUUUAACAGGAGUAAUUUAUUUUCAAUAUCAUACGAUGUUAUGUUUUAAUAAAACUUCUAAUGGUAAUGGAGAAAAUCAAUUAAUAUUUUUAAUUCAUACCGAUAUCUGGUGUAGUAUAUAUUUAACAAAAUUCAUAGCAUUGAAUUAUAUCUGCGAAAGCGUUAGCACUAAGGCGGAGAAAACUAAGGACAUGAUCUAUAAAUUAACAAACCUUGUCUAUUUUAACCAAAUCCGGGAAGAUAUUUUCCAGUUUGUUUUGCAAAUAUCAUUUCAGCCGUUAAAGUUUAACGGGAUGGGCUUGUUUAACUUUGGUUACAAAUUUAUUCUCAAGUUUAUCGUAGGAAUUCUUAGUGUUAUGAUUUUUAUGGUGCAAAUGGAUACUUCUCCCCUAUCCCGAAUUUUAAUUUCUAGCGGAAAUAAUGCAUCAUGUUACCAGUAAACGAAGAGUUCUACGUAAGUGAAGAGUUCUACAUAAUCCUUCUAGUUUAUUUAAUAUAACUUUCUAACAAAUUUUUAAUUAUAUAUUAGA